GGGAGGGAGAGGCACUAAGAGGAGACAAAUAGGGGAUGUUGAGGAGGAGGAGGUAUUUGGGCGACAGCUUUGCACAGCGAGUCAACGCCAAGAGAACGCACGGAGAAAGACAAGAAAAGACAGUGGAAACAUUCAUCGCCGUCCAACAGACAUGACAUCACCCCACCCAACUAUGCUUCUCCUUUUUCUCAUGAGCUGGCCUCCCCUCAACUCCCGCCUCGCCGCUUUGGCCGCGUCGGCCGCUUCGGCCGAUUUGGCCGAUUCAGCCGAUUCAGCUGCUACCGCCUCUCCUCCCAUCACGCGCCCACGGAUCACCUUUAUUACAGACUUCGUUUGGGAAUAUUACGAUGGCGACGACGACGACCAGGUCAGCCGGCCUCCUCCCGAGGUGCUCGCCACCACGCGGACUGAUUUCCUUCAACGUGAGCUCUGCCAAUUUAACCCCUGUUUGGAGAACCAGGUGCCCUGUGCCGAGCUGGCGGCCAGCACCCGUUGCCUCUGUCCUGGCAUCAGUGGGCCUGACACGCCUCCGCAUGCACCACGCGUGCAUGUGCUGGCGCCAAUCCCUGAAGGGAAUAAUAGGGGCGAGGUGGAGGUCCAGUGGUGUUCUCCGUCCUCCGUGGUGACUCAGUACAGAGUGGUGGUGGAAGGAAAAGACGGACACGUUAUGGAGAUUGGCAACGCCUUCCGACGAAGCCCGGUGGGCUUUCUGGAAGCAGGAACCAGGGUGUGUGUGGAGGCGGUGAACAAAGCCGGACACAGCACACCUUCACAGUUUUCCUGCCAGCGAUAUGAUCCUCCUUCGUCUUCAGACUACCAAGUGCUGGCGGCCAUCAUCGGUGGUGGAAUCGCCCUUUUGCUCCUCAUCUUGGCCGUGAUCUUCUGGAGGUGCUGGAAGAGCAAGAAGGCCAAGAGAGACUCAGCUGAUGGACUCGGGAACCCUUCGUACAGCAAGGAAGGGACUUUGUGAUCUAGACAGGAUGUCUACAGUAGGACAAGGUUAUUUCCCAUAACAAGAAAUGUGUAAAUAUACAUUGUACAGCUGGGGUGUCCAAACUUUUUCCAGCGAGGGCCACGUAGUGAAAAAUGAAAGGUUGCACUUUGGGUCACUUUGAUAUUUUGCAAGCAAGAAGUUAUAUCUGCUUCCAGAAAAAACUGCAUCUCAGCUUUGUCACAUACUGCAGGUGAACAAGCCGAUUAUUAGUCUCAACUUUGCUCUUCUUGUCCCAUUUUUGCUGUUGUUUUUUUAAUAUUUCAACAUUUUCUUAAAUAAUCUUUGUAAAAUGUUAUUUUUGUGAUAUUAUGACCUUAUUUCCAUAAUAUUUGAACAUUUUCUAAUUUCCAAAAAUGUUCUUAUAAUACGACAACGUGUUUUUUCUCUAAUAUUUCAACUCUAUGCUACUAAUAUGACAUCAGUGUUCCUCAUAGUAUUAUAUGUUUAUUCUUGUCAAAUUGCAACUUUUUUCUUUUUACAUUUUGACUUUAUUCUCGGAAAAUUACAGCUGUUUCUCCCCAGGUGAUUUUUUUUUUAAUUGUCCAACUAUUUCAACUUUUCCUUAUAAAUUUUCUCCUGGUCAUCUUGACUUUACCCCCAUAAUAUUUUGACUUCAUUGUUCUAACAUUGUGACCUAAUUUUCCUAAAAUUGCAAUUUUAUUUGUUGUUUCUUUGGUUGUUUCUCAUAUUUCUCUGUAAAGUAACGUCUUUUUUUUUCAUAUUUCAACUUUACGUUAUUAAAAUGAUGUUAUUUUUCCCUGAUAAUAUUACGUUAUUUUUAUUUACUUUUUCUCGCUUCAUUCCAAUUGUUUUAUUACGAGGAAUGUUACUACUGAUUUUUCCAUUUUUACUGUUGUUGUUGUUGUUGUUUUUUUUGUGAAAUUAUAUUUUUAGAACGUGCCAGGGGCCAAUAAAAAACAGCGGUCCCGGGCUGCAGUUUGGACACCCCUGAUAUAGCGUAAUUUUGCUACUAUACAAGGUUACAGGGCUAGAACUACAUGUUUUUUGCUGGCAAACUGACGUAUGUAGAUUUCUAUUACAGUCUUGUUAAUAUUAUUUUGUGAUAAUAAAACUUGGGUAAUACAAUGAAGUGAGUACAGUGUGUUCCAUAUAUGCAUUCAUUUUCUAUUCUGUAGGAGUUUUUUCUUUAGCAGUGAUGGUUUUAAUAGAGCAGUUUCAUUCAAUUUUGACUUCCUGGUUUUGCUAUUUGUCUUCAUUCAAUCAAUCACUCACACUUCCUCAAUAGCUCAACUUUUAUUUUGAUAUCAAAGUGGCGCUUAAAGAACGUUGAUAUUCUUGUCUGCUUUU